UGACUUGAUAAGGAUGAAAAAAUCUUGACCUCUUGUUAAGAAACAUAACUUAUUGAAUGUUGUUUGUCAAGUUCCGAAUCUUUUAAGCGUAGCUUGAUGUGUUAAUGCCAUUGAAAAGAAUUGUACAUCGAAAAAACAAAAAAACAAGACAGAACAUAAAUGUACGUCUGCUCUUUCAGACGAAAUAUGUUCUUGCCAGUCUUCUUGACACUGUAUUGCUGUCAUUGCUGUUAGGCAAUACAUUUUCUGUUCUUUUAAGUGUGUAGGGAUAAGUGGUCACAUACCCACGGUUUUAUAAGUUUUCAUUCAUUACUUGGUUAAUAAAAAAUCCCAUACAUUAUUAGGGAAUAUUAAUUAUGCACAACAAGCUAUAGGGUUGUGAAAUAGUUUUUGAAAAAUGGAAGAAACCAGCCAGAGGGAUGCAAACUAUCCUCGGAUAUUGCCUCGAAGCUUGACGGCCGCCUGUUGCAUAAAAAAUAAAGGGGCACUAGAUUGGAGUUCUACGAGUCUUCUGGCUUAUGGCUCAAAUCACACGGUUGUGGUAGUUGAUACUGUCCUGUUACAAGUGGUUCAAACACUAGAUAAACAUAAAACAGCUGUAGUCAAGGUUAAAUGGCCUGGAAAAAUAAUGUCAGUUGCCACAAUGUCGGGUGCUUCAAUCCAGAAACCUACAUAUCAUCCUUUACUUCUUGCAUCUGCUGAUACUUCAGGGCUGGUAAUAGUUUGGGAUGUGAUAACUGGUGUGGCAUUACACAUUUUAAGUGAUGGGAAUAGACCCAUCCAAGAUAUAAUGUGGGCCCAACAUUUUGACUACAGUGAGAAGUAUUUGAUGGCUAUCCAUCCCCCAUAUUCAUUUGUGGUUUGGGAUGUCACCACAGGAACUAAAUUAUGGAAAAAAACAUAUGCUGAACAAAUUUUAGCAAUGGACUUUGAUCCAUUUGAUUCAACUAGAUUAGCAUUUCUAUGUCCUGAUUGCAUCCUUUUUGUGGAAGAUUUUUCGUUAUAUAAAGCCCCUUCCACCAAUGGUCGGAAGUUCUACAUUUCGUCUCCAAAAGCUGCCACGACACCUGGUACUCCAAGUGUGUCUUUCCCAACCAGCUCUUCCGAUCGCUCUCGUGAUCGGCUUCGUAAAUUGAUGCGAGAUAUAAUUGUUGGCGAAUCUGCUCCUCGGCCAGAAGAGCAGGGCAUGACUUCACUUAAUGAAUGUCUUCAGCUUAGCUUUCAUCGUUGUUUGCGCCACAUUAUUUGCUUGGUCUAUGCCAGGGAAAUCCUUCUGGUAGAUCUACGGAUCCAUCAUACAGUCGCGGUUUUGCUGUCAACGGACCGAAGCUAUUCCCCACUGCAACAACUGAUACUGUGUCGUCAAAGGGAUGUAUUAAUCUGUGUCCACGAGUCUGGCUCGUUGAGCGGCCGAAUCAGAAAAGGAAUCAUGCAAUCAACGGAAGCUGCGACCCCAUCCCAUUCUCCGUGGAACACACCGGAAUUAGACGUUGAGUUACAUUACGAACAACGAUCCCAGACAGACAGUAUUAGGUUAACUAAAAACAACAAAAUCCUUGGUGCUGCUUUGCAUCCUCUUUUGGAAUCCCGUACAGUUCUCCUGCUUUCUGACGGAAGGCUUUACUUCUACGACUUGAGUUCAAAUGUUAUGAAACAACAGGGAUGUCUAGCCGAAAUCAUGCCUCCCCUGUGGACCAACUGUGAUAGCAAACCUUCACUCAAAUUCUGUCUCUCAGGGUUGUUGACAUCAUUAUCUGGUUACGCACCCUCCUCCAAUCAGUUCGUUAUGAAAAUGUGUCCACCACUCACUGUUAAAAAUUGGCAAUAUUAUCAACCACUAGUAGCAAUCGGUUGCGCAAAUGGAACCAUUCAAGUUUGUGAUGUAUCAUCUGGUCUGAUCAAAAAGGAAAUUGCUGUGCAUAACUACGCUGUUAAAGGCAUCGAAUGGAUUCAAAUGGAUGAAUUUCUUAGCUACGCACAGUCUUCUCCGGCUGCAAUUGGUGGAUGGGUGCGUAACGAAAUCCUUUUAACCAACGUUCAAACGGGAAGGGUAGUGUCGAUUCGAGCUGACCGAGGAGAAGAAUCGCCCAUAGAGCUCGUGCGCGUUUCGCCGUUAAAACAAUACUUUAUGGUAGUCUUUAAGGAAGCACCACCUGAGUUGUGGGAUUUGCGUCAUUUGACUCUUAUCCGCACGCUCCCGAAACGUUUUCCUACUAUCACUAGUCUAGAGUGGCUACCUUCCCAUCUUCAGCGACAUGUCAAGAAAUCUCUAGCCGAAGACUCAGAUUCGAGUGUCACCUUGUUGACGGGUAUGAGCGUAAAGGAGUUUUUUGUAUUCGCUGAUCCAGAUGGAAAUCUUUACCACUUGACUGUCGAUGGGAGUGUGGUCAAAGACGGCGCACGAUUGUCGCCCCCGAACACAUUGAAUGGGAUCGUCUCCAUGACUUGGAAAAGCGAGUGGAUGGCUCUCGGUGACGCUGAGGGCGGCGUCGCCAUUUGGGAAUGGAGAACACGACACUUCCGUCCGUUGCCCCACUCUAAAAGUCCUAUUCGUAAAUUAAGGUUUGCUCCCGGGAAGAAUAAUAUGAAGCUACUCGUACUCCAUAUGGAAGGUCUUGAUAUCUGGGAUGUGAAAGAAAGCGAGCGGCUAGGACAAUGGAGAAAUUCCCCUUUCCGAGAUUAUCUUUCUAUUUUGGAUGCAGAAUGGUCAGCCUCCGACAGACCACUAUUAGCCUGCUCUGACGGUUCCGUAAGAGUCUUUGACAUAUCAUUGAAUCAAUGCAGCUCAUCCUUAGCGGAAGAUGCACAAGAACGAAUUUCAUUCCCCUUGUUAAUGCCACGAUCUGCAUUUCAAGCCGUCAAGUCUGGUUUGCAGUUGAAUCUCUCUGCUUCAACCGAAUGCACGAACUCCCACAAAGACUUAAUCUUAAAUUAUAUCUCCGACCACAUUCCUUCAAAUGAGGCUGGAAUACCGGAACGGUGCUUUCGAGCAGCUCUGCAAUGCGGCGAUCAACCUCAAGCUGAGCUGUGGACUGUCGCCUCGUAUUAUCUACGUUUCCAUGCUGGAAAGGAAUGUACUCCGUUAGACACAGUUUACGACUUGCUUUGCGAUUCUUCUACGUACCGUCAAAUGGCGGCAGAAAGAGCGGCACUCUAUCAAUCAAAACCGCGUGCCUACGAGCAUACACGCCAACUGACCCGCGACCAUCUUUUGCUCAAUGAUAAAGAUAAAGCAAUUGCCUUAUUGCUCAACACUGAGCCGGAACACGGCCACUUUUACAGCAACCAUUUGCUGGCGUGUCUUGCUGCCAUACUACAGCCGGCAGGAUGUCAUGGCAAUGCCCAUAGCACUUUGAAGCUAGUAGCCACUCAUCUGAUAGCUUCUGGCCACAUAUGGCAAGGAGUUGAGAUCCUGAUUCUCAAUGGACAAGUGCCCGAUGCGUGUCGAUAUCUCCAAGCCAAUCAUCUUUGGGAAGACUCGGCACGCGUUGCUAAGCUGCUAUUAAUGGACAAAGAAAAAGGUGGUGGAACACUAGUAGAAGUGUCCGAAGCCGCCGAGAUAUGGAGGCGUUGGGCUUCCCAUUUGAGUAAUUGCCGACAAAAGUUUGGGGCUACUUUGAUUCUUAUCGCAGUUGGUGCGUGGCAUAGAGCAGCAGAACUUUUGGUUCAUCAACACAUGCACGAUGCUGCUGCCUUGCUGCUACGAGCUGCCCAUCAAAAUGGCCUGUACCAAGCAAGCGACGCUACCCAAUUGGAAUUCAUGCAUGGUGUUUUUUGCCAGUAUGCUCGACUUCUUUAUGAAUCUGGCUGGCAGUCUGAGGCCAAGGAAUGGGCAGGGUAUGGUGGACCUAAUGGCCAACAGUUUAUCGACGAGUGGAAAAUCUUGGAUGUCGAUACUGUGUCAAGCUCUUGAGGUUUAUAUAAUUUCAUUUGUUCUAUUUUUUGCACUUUCCGCAAGGACCGAGUCAUUCCAUAA